UUUACUGUGGGUAAGUGUAUAAACUCUGUUUAUUUCUUUUAAUCAUCUUUACCUCAUUUGUCUAGCGUGUUUACAUAUCUACUGUGUGUAUGUGUGUUACAAAGUUAGUGAGUGUUAGUAACUUAUUAUCUUAACCUGUGUACCCUUUUUCCUUAAUAAACUCUUAUUUUCGCACAGUCGUCUCCCUCGUGUUUUAUUUUUGUCAUAAUUUUCAUCCAUCAUGAAGUCAUGAGUGUUUUCUGCUUGCUUGAGUGAACGCAGGUUAAGAAUCUAGUGUGAAGCCCUACUGGGGUUUGGAAAUGCAAGCCAUCAGUGGAAAUAUCGGUUUUGACCUCUGUAAAAUGGAGAGUAGUGAAAAUUAUCAUUCGCCACUAGAAACAGAAGAUGAUGUUUAUUUGACUACACAAAACUGCUGUCCAAAGUCCAGAAAAUACACAGAUAUCUUCAUCCAGAAGAAAGUAAAGUUCUGCAUAUCUGCUCUUGGUCUUCUCCUACUGCUCGGUGCUUUAAUGGCACUCUGUGCUGUAGGGAUCUUGUAUCACAAUAAAGUUGUCUCCUUUGAGAUUUUACAUGAGCAGUAUGAGAACGCUACAGUUACACUGAUGAUGCAAGAAAACAAAGCCAAAGAAAAAGAGGGAAUGUAUGAAGCGCUGGAGGCGAAGUUUCUGGAACUCAACUUAUCAUGCAGCAAAAAAGAGGGAAUGUAUGAAGUGCUGGAGGUGAAGUAUCAGGAACUCGACUUUGCAUGCAACAUAAAUCAAAGCAGAAGAUGUGAGGAAGGAUGGAAGUCUCUUGGUUUAAAGUGUUACUACUUCUCCACUGAGAAACUGAACUGGAUACGGAGUCGAGAUUACUGUGUGGGGAAAGGAAGUCACCUGGUGAUUAUAACCAGCCAAACUGAACAGAAUUUUGUAUCUUCACAAAUUGGAGAAACACACUGGAUUGGCCUGAAUGACUUGGAGACUGAGGGAAAGUGGAUGUGGGUGAACAACCAGCCCUUAAAGGAGACGGGUGUAAAGUUCUGGUUUACAGGGGGACCGAAUGAGCCUGAUAACUGGAAAAAAGAGGACCCUUCUGGAGAGGACUGUGCUGCGCUGGGGCAUGAGGAAGGUGUACUGCAUAAAUGGUUUGACGCUUCUUGCCUUAAGCGGAAACGAUUCAUCUGUGAAAAGUAAAACACCACUCUUUUCACUUGCAUUUCUUUAUGUGAUUAUCUAAGCUUGUGCAAACCUCAAGACCAUUAGAAGAUGGUAUGAGAUCAUGAAAUUUUUACAUUUGACAACAGUUUGACUAUCAUGAAUCUCCAGUGUGUAUUUCCUUAGAGACAUGUUAAAAACAAAUCGACUGAACUGUUAUAACCUUGAGGUUUAGUAGUUCCUCUCCAGUUCUGAGUAGUGUGAAAGUCAGAGGUAAUUAUAUCUUAUUCAGAAAAGUCAGAGGUAAUUAUAUCUCAGUCACCUUGACUUAAUACUGGACAUUUUAAAAUGACAUUGAAUCCUGAAAAUCUUCAUUAGUUCUUAAUUUCGUAUACUGUAAUUUUGUAUUCAAUAAAUAUACAGCCGGUGACAAAUUAAAGGAAAACCUGAUUCACAAGAAGAGCUUCAGUGAACCUCGCCAUAAAUUCUAUAAGUCUUCUAAACUGUACUGAACGGAUGAACACCGGUCUCCCAAAAGAUAUUCCUCCAGUUUAGCAUAACAGAGCAACAGGUUCUCUUUUCAUUUGCCAUUCAUCUGUAAGUACUAAUGCUGUGUAUAUUUACUGAUGAUUGAGUAGUGUGCAUUUUAUGUUAGCUAAAACUGGAUGUAAUGUGAAGUUGCUUUGAAUAACCAUUAAAGAAAAUGUAAGAAUUAAUAAAAAAACAAAUUACAUGGCUUGAAAA